UUCUUCAAGACUCAUAUGGAUGAAACAGUUUGCAGGUUUGCAGUGAAUAUAUUCUUGAAGUUUGUGAUUGGAAUACAGAAAAUGUUAUUGCAGAGGACUUUCUGGGUGGUUUUUGUAUUGAUCACUGGACUUGCUGCUGCUAAUUUGCAUACUGUGGAGGGUAGGCCACAUCGGAUUCUUCUGGAUACAGAUGUAGAUACCGAUGAUUUCUUUGCUCUUUUGUACAUCUUGAAGCUUAACAGAUCAGAAUUUGACUUGGAGGCAAUUACUAUCAAUGCAAAUGCAUGGACUGAUGCAGGGCAUGCUGUGAACCAAAUCUAUGACAUUCUUUACAUGAUGGACCGCGACGAUAUACCGGUUGGAGUGGGAGGUGAGGGUGGAAUACUAGAAGAUGGUACUAUACUUCCAAAUGUUGGUGGAUAUCUUCCUAUAAUUGAACAGGGAAAUUCAACAGCAGGAGGCUGUAGAUACAGACAAGCUAUUCCUUUAGGUCUUGGAGGAAGGCUAGAUAUUGAUACCAAUUAUGGAGUAAGGAAAGCUUUCCUACCACAGGGUAGAAGGAAAUAUUCUCCUCUUCGACAACCUACUGCCCAGCAAGUGCUGAUGGACAAAAUAUCUGCAGGUCCUAUUACUGUGUUCAUAAUAGGAGCUCAUACAAAUUUUGCCAUUUUCCUUAUGAACAAUCCACACCUAAAGAAGAAUGUUAAGCAUAUAUAUAUAAUGGGAGGUGGUGUGAGGUGUCGAAACCCAACGGGUUGUUGCGCAAAAAAUUCCAGUUCAUCUUGCCAGCCAAGACAGUGCUGUGACCUCGGAAAUCUGUUCACAGACUACACUAGCAAUCCUUAUGCUGAGUUUAAUAUCUUUGGAGAUCCUUUUGCUGCAUACCAGGUGAUCCAUUCUGGAAUACCAGUCACCCUGGUGCCCCUGGAUGCAACAAAUACAAUUCCUAUAAAUGAAGAUUUCUUUGAGACAUUUGAGAACAGCCAGCAUACAUACGAGGCACAAUAUUGCUUCCAGUCCUUGAAAAUGGCUCGUGACACUUGGCUUGAUGACCAAUUUUAUACGAGCUAUUUCAUGUGGGAUUCAUUUACAUCUGGUGUAGCAGUUUCUAUCAUGCGUAAUUUGCAUAACCAAAAUGGAGAAAAUGAGUUUGCUGAAAUGGAAUAUAUGAACAUAACCGUAGUUACUUCAAAUGAACCUUAUGGGAUAUAUGAUGGUUCAAAUCCAUUCUUUGAUGGCCGUAAAGUUCCAGUGUUUAAUCUAAAGAAAGGUGGAGUUCACAGUGGUCAUGUUCAGACAGACCUCCGAGAUCCAUUCUGCGUUGUGCAGAAUGGGAAGGGAAGAUGCCAGGAUGGCUAUACAAAGGAGGUAACAGGUUCGCAGGGGGUACGUGUUCUCGUUGCUACGAGAGCAAAACGCAACCCAGACACUAGUAGUAAACUUGACAGAGCAUAUUUCAAGAGUUUCUUGGAUGUUCUAAAUCACCCUCAAAAAACUGGGAGGUUCAAUUUUACAACACAAUUUCCUUUUUACAAAGAAGUUCAUUACAAACCAGAUUUUAGAAGCAAGAAACUGGGAAAACCAGUUGUCUUCGACAUGGAUAUGAGUGCUGGAGAUUUUCUUGCUCUAUUCUACCUUCUUAAAUUACCUGUAGAAGUGAUCAACCUCAAGGCUAUUAUUGUGAGUCCAACCGGCUGGGCGAAUGCUGCAACUAUCGAUGUAGUUUAUGAUUUACUGCAUAUGAUGGGUCGUGAUGAUAUUCCAGUUGGUCUUGGAGAUGUAUUUGCAUUCAACCAAUCUGAACCAAUUUUCUCUGCUGCUGGAGACUGCAAGUAUGUUAAGGCCAUCCCACAUGGAAGUGGUGGAUUUUUGGAUUCAGACACCCUAUAUGGGCUUGCGCGAAAUCUGCCACGAAGCCCCAGAAGGUAUACUGCAGAAAACUCUGCAAAAUUUGGAGCUCCUCGCGACACAGAUCACCCUGAACUUAGACAGCCUCUAGCACUCGAAAUUUGGGAGUCCGUAGUGCAAAAAUUGGAACCAGGAUCUAAGAUUAGCAUAUUAACCAAUGGACCAUUGACUAAUUUAGCAAAGAUUAUCCUGUCAAGGAAAAAUUCAAGCUCUGUGAUUCAGGAUGUGUCUGUUGUUGGAGGACACAUUAGCCAUGGCAAUUUGGACAAGGGAAAUGUCUUGACAAUCCAUUCUAAUGAAUAUACAGAAAUGAACAUUUAUCUUGACCCCUUGGCAGCAAAGAUAGUUUUUGAGUCAUCCCUGGACAUUACACUCAUUCCACUCGACGCCCAACGCAAAACAAGUUCAUUCUCCAAGAUCCUACAAAAGCUGCGAAAGACGAACAGGACCCCUGAGGCAUUGUUUGCCCUCCGUUUGCUGUCAAGGCUUUACCGGUUGCAACAAACUCACCACAGAUACCAUCACAUGGAUACAUUCUUGGGGGAAAUUCUUGGUGCAGUGGUCUUGGCCGGGGAUCCUUUGCUGAAUCCUAUCUUGCAAAUCAAGCCCAUUAAGGUCCUAGCUGAAGGUGUUGAAUCCAAAGAUGGACAAAUUGUGGUGGAUGAAAAACAAGGAAAAUUGGUGAAAAUAUUGGAAAGUGUAGACCCUGUAGUAUAUUAUGAUGUUUUUGCAAUGCAAUUGGGAGUUAAGAACCAAUCCGCUGUCGUAGGAAGCUUCGAGGAGCAGAGGAGAAUGUGGAGUUCACAACCAAAUUCUUGAAAUCAUAGUAAUGGAUUGGACUAAUUAUUCUUAUAGCAGAAAGUUGCUCGAUUUCCUGGUAAGAUACAAAAGUUUCAUUCUUAUCACUAGAAAAAGAAAUAGCUUAGGAAACAUGAAGACAUACCAUUGAAAAGUUACUUCUU